AUGGCAGACAGCCAAGCCAAACCAUCCUUCGCAGAGACGAUUGCUCCCACUGCAGGGCUGAAAGGGAAAGACUUCGACUCGACUGAGGCUUCGCCCGAGGGCACUCCAUCGAUACGCUCCGAAGAGCUUGUCGUGGGCGGAUAUGGCUCGGAUCAUCAUCAUGUCUUCGCGAAGCCUGAAGUCGCAGAAUACUGGCGUGGAGUAUACGAAGCAGCACAGUACGAAGGGCGGCACAGAUUCGACCCAGACGUCACAUGGUCCGCCGAAGAGGAGAAGAAACUCCUGCGCAAGAUCGACUGGAGGAUCAUGACCUGGUGCUGGCUGAUGUUUCUCGCCCUGGAUCUCAAUCGACGGAACAUCAACCGUGCCAUCUCCGACGACAUGCUCAGCGAGUUGGGUAUGAACACGAACGAUUACAACACUGGGCAGACCAUAUUUCUCCUCUCUUUCUUGUCCGCAGAACUACCAUCUGGCUUGAUCUCCAAAAAGGUUGGUCCUGAUCGAUGGAUCCCAUUCAUCAUCACUGCAUGGUCCAUCACUUCGGCCGCUCAAGCUGGACUUACCAACCGUGCUGGAUAUUUCGCCUGCCGCUGUAUACUUGGACUACUAAUGGGAGGCUUCAUUCCUGAUACAGUUCUGUACAUCACAUACUGGUACAAGACUCGCGAGUUGCCGAUCCGUCUUUCCUGGUUUUGGACGGUGCUCAGCGUGUGCAACAUUCUCGGCUCGUUUAUCGCUGCUGGUGUACUCCAGAUGAGAGGUCUUCAAGGCUGGUCCGGCUGGCAAUGGUUGUUUCUCAUCGAAGGUGUCGUCACUGCCAUGAUUGGUCUCGCCUCUUGGGGCCUGCUACCUGCGAGUAUUGGUCAAACCCGUGGCGGCCUCCGUGGCAAGAAUGGCUGGUUCAGCGAAAGAGAAGAGAAGAUUUUGAUCAACAGACUGUUGAGAGACGACCCAUCAAAAGGAGACAUGAACAAUCGUCAAGCCGUCAACCUCCAACGACUAUGGAAGGCAUUCAGCGACUACGAUCUAUGGCCACUCUACCUCGUGGGACUCACGACCUACGUGCCACCUCAACCGCCACAGAACUAUCUCUCGUUCAUCCUACGACAGAUGGGCUUCAGCACCUUUGAAGCUAAUCUGUUAACCAUUCCUUCGCAGUUUCUCUUUGGAGUUAAUCUCCUCAUCAUUUCGUGGAUAUCGGAAAAGCUCAAUGAGCGGGCAUUCACAGCCAGCAUGGCCAACAUCUGGAUUCUUCCCUGGCUCGCUGCACUCGUGGCCCUCGGGAGCAGUGCCAGUGAUUGGGUCCGAUACGCCUUACUCACCGGUCUUCUCUCCUACCCAUAUUGCCACGCCAUCGUGGUGUCCUGGAACUCUCGCAACUCCAACUCCGUCCGCACUCGAGCAGUCAGCGCUGCGCUGUACAACAUGUUUGUCCAGUCAGGCAACAUCAUCGGGGUGAAUAUAUACCGAGAGGACGAUCGGCCAUAUUAUAUUCGCGGUAACAGGAUCUUGCUGGGGAUCUGCUGCUUCAACAUCAUACUGUUGCCGCUAGUCAAGUUUUACUACGUCUCGAAGAAUAAGAGGAGGGAGGCAAAGUGGAGAGAAAUGUCGGGAGAGGAGCAGGUGGAUUAUGUCAAGCAUACCACGGACGAGGGAGCAAAGAGGCUGGACUUUCGCUUUUCGCAUUGA